GGGAAAGAUCUAAAAAUCUAAAGAUUCCCAGCUUGAUGGGAAUGUGUAAGGUAGUGGUUCUGCUUAUUCCAUUUCCAAACAUUGGAUGUCUUCUGACACCCAAUAAGCGAAUGUGGUUUCUAAGUCCUGCUUUAAGGAAAUGAAACAACACAUCAGGCUUGUGCAAUACACAAUGUGGGAAUGUUUGCUAAUAUCUGAACCUUGCGUAACCCUGUGAAAUUUGGACUGAGCCUUUUUUAAAAAAAAAAAAAAAAAAAAAAAUUAAAAACUGACACAGCAGAGCAGAGCGCUUCAGUGCACACCACGAAGUAAAGGCAGGGUAGCAGCAGACGCUAAUUCUGUACUGGAAUCAUGAGAGCUAACAGACGGGGAUCAAUUCACAAAACUGCAGUUCUGCUGCAAUGUGUGCACUGAAGAUGCGAUCAUUACAUGGACCAAGCCCUGUGACCAAGUUUGGACCAAAAGCCUGCAUGCUACAGAACCCAAAGGCCAUAAUGCACAUUCAGGACCCAGCUAGCCAGCAGCUAACAUGGAACAAGCCUCCUAAAAGUGUCCUUGUAAUUAAAAAGAUCAGAGAUGCCAGUUUACUGCAGCCUUUUAAGGAGCUAUGUAUAUUCCUUACAGAGUCAAAGAACAUGAUCGUCUACGUGGAAAGGAAGGUACUGGAGGAUCCGGAAAUUGAAAACGAUGAAAGCUUUGGUGCGGUGAUAAAGAAGUUCUGCACCUUCAGGGAAGAUUACGACGACAUUUCCGACCGAGUAGAUUUCAUUAUUUGUCUGGGAGGGGACGGGACUUUACUGUAUGCGUCUUCAUUGUUCCAGGAAAGUGUUCCUCCAGUCAUGGCCUUCCAUCUGGGCUCUCUCGGGUUUCUCACACCCUUCAGUUUCGACACUUAUCAGUCUCAGGUUACACAGGUCAUUGAAGGCAGCGCUGCGAUUAUUCUUCGAAGCAGACUAAAAGUGAAGGUUGUGAAAGAACCUAGAGAAAAGACAUCGGUUCAAGAGAGAGGGAAGGAAAAAAGACUGAUCAUAAAAAAUGGGGAGAGCGAGAUAAGCCGACGCACUGUGCAGUACCAGGUUCUGAAUGAAGUUGUCGUGGACCGGGGUCCCUCGUCGUAUCUUUCCAAUGUAGAUCUGUUUCUUGAUGGGCAUCUCAUUACCACAGUGCAGGGAGAUGGAGUCAUCGUCUCCACUCCGACCGGAAGCACUGCCUAUGCCGUGGCGGCAGGGGCUUCCAUGAUUCACCCCAACGUUCCUGCCAUCCUGAUCACCCCAGUCUGCCCACACUCCCUGUCGUUCCGACCUAUCGUUGUUCCUGCAGGGGUGGAGCUCAAGAUCAUGCUGUGCCCUGAUGCUCGAAACACUGCCUGGGUUUCCUUUGAUGGAAGGAAACGUCAAGAGAUCUGCCAUGGAGACAGUAUAACCAUCACUACCUCCUGUUACCCGGUUCCUUCAGUCUGUUUCCGAGACCCUGUGAAUGACUGGUUUGAGAGCCUGGCUGAGUGUUUGCACUGGAACGUGAGGAAGAAACAGAACCCCUUCGUGGUGGAGGAUGAGGAGUACUGAAAACGACGAGCUCGGCAUCGUUAAACAGGCAGGGUGUCUUUGUGCAGGACCUGAAAUUUAAACUGUGUUCCUUAGAACACCACUUGUCAUCCAACACAAGUUUAAACUUCUCUGUUCAUAGAAUAUUUUGUUCUCCAAAGCAUUUUCCUUUUUAAAUGUAACUGAAUAGCCCAUUUUUCAAAUUUGUUAAAUUUCAUGCCUGAAAGAAAGGAUACUGCAAGUUUUAAUUGAAAACUCAUUCCCUGCAAUAAGAGUUAGUGCCUUAGACAUCUAUUAACCAGUAUAUUUCCUGGUGGAACCGUACUGUAUUAUCCACAGUUUAUCACUGUGGUGUGAAGGGUGUUUUUUAAUGCACGUCGCAAAAUCAUGUUUAAAGGUUAUUUUAUAAUUGUACGAUAAUGUGGUAGGUUAUAAGGAAACAAAUAUAAAAAUGUACAUGAAUAUUGAAAAUAUAUGAAUGCCAAAGUUACAGUUCAUCUUACAAUUCUGCCAUGUCUUCCAUUCUCUCAUCCGCUAAAAGACUUUUAAUACAUUUCCUCACUUCGUUAGAUGCUAACUGGGGUGGGGUGGGGGGGGGGAGUAAUUUGAACAUUGUAGUUAAUAAACCCGGCCCUCAAACCGCCAAUCUGAUCAAGUGAACUGAACGAAAACAGUGUUUCAUCUGGAUCUUUCAGUUGCUCAAGCAGUUUAAAUAGGCUUUUAAUUCAAUUGAAGUACUUCUUUUUUUUUCUUUAAUAAAGGAUGGUAGGCAGAAACAUUAUUGCCAGAUUGUUUUGGGACCAUUAAUUGAAUGAUUUGCAUAUCUUACUCGGAGGUGUAAGGUGUAUGACUGAAUUCCGAAUUUGACGAGCAAAGAUUUUCCGAUUACACUAGCGUGAAAGAGAGAGAGAGGGAGGGGUUCUAUUUAUUAAUUAACAUGUAACCUUGUGUUUACCCGUGUGUUUAGUGUGUCGCUUUUUAUGAUUGCAGUUUACAGAGAUGUUACACAGCUAUACAUGUUGAUGCUAUGUAGCUAUUUAUACCUUAUGAUUUUAAGUGCUUUAUGAUUUCUAGCGUUCGUUUUCGCUGCAAGACAAAAUAAGUGUCUCUUAGUUUUGUUGCAGGCACGUUCAGGUUUUCUUGCUUCUUACCAGCUGGUUAUAUGAUCAGGUAUUCGUGCAAAUCAGAAUAUGAGCAGGGCCAUAUUCUUAGUCAUAUUAAACGGAUCGAGAAGGGAGUUUCUCUGCUCUAUCUUUGCUUGGCAAUGCCUGAAAUCCGUCUCCUAUUUUUUUGCUCACUGUUGUUGCAAUCCCAUUUCCAAGAUGUGUACAGUGUCUGACCCACUCUUGUUCAUGUCUAUCAAAUAGGACCAUUGCAUCCCAGAUUGUAAAUCCCAUGGUGAUCAGUGUAGCGUGCAGACUUUUCUUCAGAAAUAUGUUGGUGUGUGGUGUUAAAAUGAGAUGCUUUCGCUAUAUCAUGACACUUUGUUCUAAACUUCAUAGUCUGGUUAACAUUUACAUUGUACUUUAUUGACUAGAGAAGAAAAAAAAACUUGAAUUAUUUCAUUGUACUGUGUGUUCAUGUCGAAUGAUUUAAUGGUAGGUAGUGCUUAAGUUGAAGAAUAGCUGGCCACUAAUUUUUUAUUUUUUUUUUCAGCUUAAGAUGGACACAGAAGCAGGUUAAAGUAGCUUCUUGGACUGCCUGUAAAAUAAGAAGCAGUGUACGAUAAACUUUAAUUAAGACCUGGCAACCACAGAUACCUAUAUUGCCCUUCCUCAGUUUUCUUUCAGUGAGGUGCUUAAGUGAAAGUCAUUGCAUCUUGAUUCUUGUAAUCCAAAUCCUUACUGAACAAAUGGAGUGUUAUUUAUUGUUUCCCUCUAUCAAAUAUGUAUUUAUCUUAAAUUCCUUUUUUAUAUAUAUAUAUAUAUAUAUAUAUAUA